AUGACGAGGAACAAGAAGCCGUCCGAGAUCGCGGAGCUCCUGAACCGGGACACAUCCACCCUGACUAGGUUGCUCUGUAUGAAGACAGCUGCAAAGAAGCAGGGCAGACCAGAAGUUCUGAGUGACGCAGAGGUGGAUAUGUUGGAGCGACGCCUGAAUCAACUCAUUGUCAAGGCUGAUGGUCGAAGCACGGUCACAGUGGAGGCUCCCAUGAAGGCCACCAAGUGCAAGGCAAGCAGGAAGUCGGUCCUGAAGGCCUUGCACAAGCGCAACAUCGAAAAACGGGUGCUGACUCCUGAGGACGUGAAGGCCAGGCUCGCGUUCGCGAAGAAGUACGGGAACAAGACGAGGGACUGGUGGCUUCACAAUGUACACGCCCUCAUCGACGGCAAGCACUUCGAGGUCUACCGUGCGCUUGUGCGUGGGAAUGUGAAGCCCAAGGGAAAGGGCCUACGGCACAAUACGGGUGCAAAGGGCGUGGUGUUGCACGUGGGUGUGGGCAAGGGCAGGGUGGUGACAGUGCAUGAAGUCCUUGGGCGCUGCACGGACCUUCUACGAGCCACCGUGGACCCUGAGCUGCUUGCGGCAAGCCUGGCCAAUGUCAUUUGCUUUGGGUCAAACAAAACGGCCCGUGUGCCAAUGCUGGCUGGCAUCACCAACGUGGGCAAGAGCAUGAUCUUCGACCCGGUGGUCUUUGUCUUCUGCCGGCAGGCUGUGGAUUUUUGCCCAGCGCUUGGUGCAUCUAUGGCCUUGAGCUCCCUGGCAACCAACAGGUCGCCUACCGUCCCUCCUGUGACCUUCAAGAAACUCUUUGCAGGGCAAUAUUUGCGUCUCCAGGUGAGUCAAGCCAAUCAUGACGGCAACCCGGACUUCAAAUGGAGCCGCGGUGCUGCGAUGACUGCCCCGCUGGAAGGCUUGUGGGACGCCGUGCUCCCUGUCUCCAGUGAGGAUGUCUGCCACACGCAGUCCCGCAUCAUCCAAUUCGAGGUGCUGGCAAGCGUCGGACCUUGGCUCAUCCUCUAUUAUCACAAGUUGGUUGACUGGGACGAGCCGUGGCAGCCCGAGCUCAAUGGUGAUUGGCCUUCGACUGCCUACCUGGCCCAAUGGGCUGCACGACGUGUGGAUUGCAAACCAUCGAGUUAUUUCGAGUUACUCCUGAGUACUACAGGGUUUACAGGCACAUUUGGCCUACUCACAAGAGGGGCAGAGCCUUCCCGAAUCAUGUCAAGAAUGCAGGAGGCGGUGUCUUACCCUUGCAGGGCCAACGGCUCUGUAACUAUCUGGUUCAGGGAAUGGCAUGUGCAGGCAGAUAACUGUUCUCUCGAGCAACUUGCGAGGCAGCGCACUUGGCUGAUAUUCCUGCGCUGCUGGCCAUCCCCCUGA